GAAUUCUGCACGUAGGUACAUGAAAAGAACCUGAAUUAAUUUGUUUGUGAUUAGAGCGCAAAGAUGAUUCAUCUAAUGUUUAUGCUUGUAUUGGCGGAAAUGGCGUUGAUUCUGAGCCUCUUGUUCAGAACCCCACUAAGGAAGCUGGUGAUGAUGGGUUUGGACCGGUUGAAACAGGGACGAGGUCGUUUGGUUGCAAAUACUGUGGCUGCAACAAUGACGUUGCUCUUUAGCUCCAUCAUAUAUCAUGCAACCAUAAUCCAUAAACGUUCGGCAGAAGCCAGUAUGGUUAAUCCAACUGAGGAGGUUCUUAUGGCACAACGUGAAUUGGAAGCCUCUCUUAUAGGAUUCUCCCUAUUCCUUGCACUAACAAUAGACAGACUAUAUUAUCUUAUAAAAGAGCUGUAUCUACUGAGGACGAGCUUGGAAGCUGCUAUAAUAAUGCACCAGGCAGGUUAGUGCAAAAGGCAAGUGGCCAGGCUGGGUGGGGAAGAAGACAAAGGAGAUAUAUAUAAAGAUUAAGCUGCUCGAAUGUAAAUCCAAAACAAGGCCACAAUGUACAGAAAUGCUGUUAAAUCUCUUUAUGGUUGUGAUUCUUCAUUUAUAUAACAUGAUCGAUGAUUUAUAUAUAUUCAUCUGUAGAGGAUCUACGUCUAGUUGACAUAGAUUGAUA